AAUGGCGGACGUUCAGUUGUAAUAUUGCGUCGCAUAAAUAUUUUCUCCGUUAUUGAUGAUACAGAUCUCUUUUCUUUGGAAAUAGCGGACAGACGUCGAAAAAUAGUGUAUUCUAAUUUCUAUGACCUGGGAAACCUGCAACAUCUCAUUUUUUUAAUUGUAUGCGUAGCAUUUUGGAUGAUGCGAAAGAUGGCACCAAAACAACAACUUGAUAAAGCGGCUUGGAAAUGGGCAGAAACAACUGAUCCAACUAAAGUCACUCAAGAUCACAUCGAAACAGCGUAUAGAGUGAAACUGAAGCCCUGUAAACUCGGAACAUGUCGACGUAAUUGUAAAGGAAAUCCAAAUUGUUUGAAUGGGCUUGGUGAAAACCUGUGGUUAGGAGAGAUAGAUGAUGAUAGCUGGCAUGAAAUAGAAGACCCCAACAAUGAAAGAAGACAAGAAGGUUCUUUUGUGGGACUGAAAAACUUAGGUGCCACAUGUUAUGUGAACACCUUACUUCAGGUAUGGUUUCAUAACAGUACAUUGCGUAGAGCUUUAUACCAGUGGAUUCCAGAUAAAACAAAGACAGCUAAAAAGAGUUCCACAGUUGGAUUGCUAUCUAAUACUACUACUGAGACAGAUAACAUAGCCAGUACUUCUAGCCAAAAUAACAACUCUGUUGUAAAACCAACAGAAACCAAGAAAGUCAAAUCUUCAAGUAAUUAUACAGAUGUAUCUUGCAAAGUGAACUCUCAGAUUAAAAAAGAUGAAAUUGAGACGAUAGAGAUUGGUUCAGGAGAUGUAACAGACAACAGUACAUCAAACAUGAAACCCCGACCAUCUCCAAAGAAAGAAUUGCCACAGCUAACAACAGCUGAUGAACCACCGACAACAGUGUGUGGCCAUCUACAGCUGAUUUUUGCUUUAUUAGAACACAGUAAAAGAAGGUACAUUGAUCCAUCAGCUUUCAUUGAUUGUCUGGGACUGGAUGCUGCUUUACAACAGGAUGCCCAGGAGUUUAGUAAAUUGCUGAUGUCAUUAUUGGAAGAUAUGUUACAACAACAGCAGCAGAUUGAAAGUGUUAGAAAUGUCAUACAACAACAAUUCUGUGGUGAAUAUGCAUAUGUUACAAGGUGCAAUACAUGUGGUGGGAUAUCUCAGCGGCCAUCCAGGUUCUAUGAGUUAGACUUAAAUAUACAAGGACAUAAAGAACUCAGUGAAUGUUUGCAAGAAUUUUUACAAGUUGAGAAAUUAGAGGGAUCCAAUCAGUAUCUAUGUGAGAGAUGUCAUUUUACAAAACAGAAUGCUUCUAGACGAAUACAACUUCAUACACUGCCACCCGUCUUAAAUCUUCAGCUUUUAAGGUUUAUUUUUGAUAGAAAUACUGGACAUAAAAAGAAACUUAAUUCCUAUAUCCAAUUUCCAGAAGUUUUAGAUAUGACACCGUAUUUAGUUACUCAAGAGAGACAAGUGAUCUAUGAUUUAUCAGCUGUCCUGAUACACACAGGACCAAGUGCCUACUCUGGGCACUACAUAGCACACAUUAAGGACAAGAACACAGGCAGCUGGUAUAAAUUUAAUGAUGAAGAAAUUAAAAAAAUGGAGGGAAAGAAUUUGAAAUUGGGAAGUGAAGAUGAUAUACAAGAUGGUGGACCCAAACCUCCAAAGAAACCCAAGUUCAUGAAAGGUUUCCAUGCAUCAAGGAAUGCCUACAUGUUAGUGUACAAAAUACGUGAAUCAGAGAAUAGUACAUUGUACCAGUUGCUGCAGGGUCAAUUAGCCAUGCUGAAUGCUAGGUACCAGUUGCUGCAGGGUCAAUUAGCCAUGCUGAAUGCUAGGUACCAGUUGCUGCAGGGUCAAUUAGCCAUGCUGAAUGCUAGGUACCAGUUGCUGCAGGGUCAAUUAGCCAUGCUGAAUGCUAGGUUCCAGUUGCUGCAGGGUCAAUUAGCCAUGCUGAAUGCUAGGUACCAGUUGCUGCAGGGUCAAUUAGCCAUGCUGAAGGCUAGGUACCAGUUGCUGCAGGAUCAAUCCACACAGGAAAGUAAAAUGUCCCAAGAGAGUGCUGUGAAUAUUCCAGAGGAUGAUUGUGAUGAUGAAGAUUUUGAUUUUAAUGAAGAUAUUAUUUGUGAACAUGAUGGCUUCAACCUAACGUUCGUGUCUAAUGAAGUUUGGAAGAGGCUGAGACAUUAUUUUCCUGAUGCACCACAAUUCUCUGCAAGUACUCCAUCGUGUUUGGUUUGUCAGAGGACUGAUCAAGAAGAUGAACAAAAUAGUGAGUUUCGUAAAAUAACAGCUACAGAACAAAAGAAUGCCUUACCACAGUUGUAUCAUGACAGAAAUAGACCAGCAUGGAAUAAAAGAGAUGUCAGUUCACUGUAUGUUGUUAGUCAGCAUUUUGUAGAAGAGUGGAGAAAGUUUAUCAAACAGCCGCUACGAUAUUUCCCUGUCAGUAAAGUGGAUAACUCACAGUUUUUAUGUUCUCAUGGUGGAUUGUCAUUUCUGCCCCAUGUACCUGAUGAUGGGAAUUCACAUAUGGUUGUCUAUGUUUGGCCGCAUGAAUGGGAACUUAUUGUAGACUCAUUUAAAAUAGAUCACAUCAUAAAAAUAACCCAGCAUUACGGAGAAGAUGGUAAAACAAAAACAUUUACAUCACAACCAGAAAUCUGUGAAGAGUGCAUUGCAAUGAGAAUAAGUAAAGAGGAGAUGGAAAGCAAAGACUAUACAGAUGAAGUGAUCUAUGUCAGAAAGUUGACAGACUCUAAAAAACCCAAUUUGUCAAUGCUGGAAAGCAUGGAGGACCCAGCUGAUGUCAGUGAUAGUAAUUUGAAAGAGGAUAGUGAUCCAGAUUUCACUCAGAACCAGAGCCAUAAAAAGAAAGAGAAGAUCAGUAGUAGUGAUAAGCAGGUAAAAAGACGUAGUUCUCGACAUCGAAGAACGAGAGGAGAAAAACAGAUUACUGUAUCUGCUUCAAACACACUGAAAGAGUUGAAAGUUCAGGUAAUGGGAUUGUUUUCAGUUGCGCCGUUUGAUCAGCAUUUAAUGUUUGAGAGCGGUAAGAAUAUAACUGGAGAUGUAUCAACUCUUGGUGACCUUGGUAUCCAGCCUGGCGAUGUACUUUAUUUGAAAGUAGAUCUGCCGUGUGAUGACCCCCUUCUCAUGGAUGAUAUCAUGAAAGCAUGUGCUCCAGAGGAAGGUUUUAAAGGUACAUCAUUAUUAAGAAACUGAUGACUUCAUCUUUGUUUCCGAAGAAACAAUUACAGGAUCUCUACAUUAUGAUCAAUUUUCAAAAUUGUUGCAUAGUUCAAGAAAAGCAUUUAAUCCUAUGAAUACACUGCCAAUUUACUUGAGUUCAAUCAAUUUAACUUGUAUAAACGACAAAUUGAUAAAAUUUAUAAAUCCAUACAGGGUAUGUUUAUUUGUAUUAUAACUAUUAUUGUCCAAAUCCUACUCAAUACUUUUUAUGGUGUUUGUAUCUGUUUGUUUACAAAUAUUGUUUACAGAAUUGUAAAUUUAGUUAUACAGUUAUAUAGAAGCAGCAUUUAGCCAUCUUUGCAUAUUAUAUAGCUAAUUUGCAUAUCUGAUUUUUAGCAUUGUGUACUAGAAAAGUAUAUAUUAUAAUUAUUAUUGAGCAGUAACACAAUAUUGUCUAUGCCGUCAAUUGCUGUAGGUUAGAAUUCAAUACAAAUAAAAUGUGCCCCUGCUCAAAUGCAUGUCAAGUUUGGGGUUCUUGUUGCCAUA